AUGAAUUUUGCACAAGUGCCUAUUUUCAUUAUUACAAGGAUAUUGAUUCUUCUCUCGAGAUUACUUCGCUUAAUAAUUUUACCUAUUAUUUAUUUAAUAACAUGGUUAUCUGGUGAUUAUUUCCAUAAACUCGAUGAAAGGCAUAGAAUUAAAGAGGAUUGGUAUAUUAUCCCUUAUUUCUUAAAAUCUGUGUUUUCCUAUUUCUUCACUGUUAGAAGACAUAGAUUUCAAACAUGGUACAUAUUUAUCAAACAAGUCGAGCUAAACGGUGAUCGCUUAGCCAUACGCUACGCUAAACCUCUAGCAAAGAAAGGUGAAUAUGAAUUGGAAAGUUUUACCUAUAAAGAAACUUAUGAUAUUGUUUUAAGGAUGUCUCAUAUCUUGACAUACAAAUAUAAUGUUAAAUCAGGUGACUAUGUUGCCUUAGAUUGUACCAAUAAACCAUUGUUUUUGUUUCUGUGGUUAUCAUGCUGGAACAUUGGUGCAAUUCCAGCAUUUUUAAAUUAUAACUCGGUUGGUAAACCUUUAGUUCAUUCACUGAAGAUCUCCGAUAUUACUCAAGUGUUUAUUGACCCAGAUGCAAGUGAACCGAUCAUGAAAUCAGAAGAAGAAAUUAAGAAUGAAUUACCAAACGUUAGGUUAAAUUAUUUAGACGAAAAUGAUCUCAUGUCGGUCAUAUUAAAUCCAUCAUCACCCACAUUCCUUCAAGAAGAUGAGCUUAGGUCACCAAAGGACUUGACGGAUUUCAAAGCUGCAAUGUUGAUUUAUACUUCGGGUACGACAGGUCUCCCCAAAUCAGCCAUCAUGUCGUGGAGAAAAGCCGCAAUUGGUUGUCAACUAUUUGGCUACGUGCUACAUAUGAAUAAUGAGAGUGUUGUUUUUACAGGGAUGCCAUUAUUCCAUUCCACUGCAGCUUUAUUGGGGGUUUGUGCUGUAUUAUCGCAAGGUGGUUGUAUUGCGGUUGCAAAUAAAUUCUCUGCAACAAACUUCUGGAAACAAGCUUAUCUGACAGAGGCAACACAUAUACAAUAUGUCGGGGAAGUUUGUAGAUAUUUACUUCACACUCCAGUUUCGAAGUACGAAUCAAUACACAGAGUAAAAGUUGCAUAUGGUAAUGGGUUAAGGCCUGAUAUUUGGCAAGCGUUUAGGGAAAGAUUUAAUAUUGAAGUUAUUGGCGAAUUUUACGCUGCAACAGAGGCACCAUUUGCUACAACCAGUUUCCAAAAAGGGACUUUUGGUGUGGGUGCAUGUAGAAACUACGGUACGAUUAUUCAGUGGUUUUUAUCAUUCCAACAAACUUUAGUGAAGAUGGAUCCUAAUGAUGACACUGUUGUUUAUAGAAAUAAGAAAGGAUUUUGUGAAGUAGCCCCAAUUGGAGAACCAGGUGAAAUGUUAAUGAGAAUUUUUUUCCCAAGAAAGCCAGAGACUUCAUUCCAAGGAUAUUUAGGAAAUGAAAUGGAGACUAAAUCGAAGGUUUUACGUAAUGUAUUUAGAAAUGGUGAUGCAUGGUAUAGAUGUGGUGACUUACUGAAGGCAGACAAAUAUGGGUUAUGGUAUUUUAUUGAUAGAAUGGGGGACACCUUUAGGUGGAAAUCAGAAAACGUUUCUACUACAGAAGUUGAAGAUCAAAUUUCAGCCGCAAAUCCAGAAAAAAUAUCACAAGUUGUUGUUGUUGGUAUUAAAGUUCCAAAAUAUGAAGGUAGAGCUGGAUUCGCGGUGAUUAAGUUACAUGCAGAUGUUGAUCAAAUUUCAGAUCAAGAAAAGAUAAACAUAUUAAAUAAAACAUUGGCUGGUCUUCAAGAAUCCCUUCCAAAAUAUGCUCUACCACUAUUUGUUAAAUUCGUUAAUGAAAUUCUAAUGACAGACAAUCAUAAAGUUUUGAAGAAAUUAUACAGGGAACAGGAACUUCCAUCCGGAUCAGACAGUAAAGAAACCCUCUUUUGGUUAAGUGGUUAUAGAGAAUACAAACUUUUGACGAAAGAGGAUUGGUAUGGAAUUGAAAAUCAAACAAUUAAAUUAUAG